AUGGCCCAACGACCUUCGAAAGUCAAGGACAAGCGCCCAGCUCCGGUGCAGAUCACUGCCGAGCAGAUCCUGCGUGAGGCCAAGGAGAGAACAGCCCCGCAGCUCAAGAUUCCAAAACAGAAAAUCAGCGACAAGGAGGAACUUGAUGAAUAUAAACUAGCAAAGAGAAAGCAGUUCGAAGAUGCCAUCCGUAGGAAUAGAACUCAGGUUCCAACUUGGAUGAAAGCUCGCUCUAUAUUCGAACGUGCUCUCGAAGCAGACCAUCGCAAUACAAAUCUAUGGAUGAAGUAUGCUGAAAUGGAAAUGAAGCUUAAAAAUGUAAACAUGGCUAGAAACAUCUUUGAUCGUGCUGUCGCUGUCCUGCCCAGAAUCGACCAAUUCUGGUACAAGUAUACAUAUAUGGAAGAAACACUCGAGAAUGUAGCUGGUGCCAGACAAGUAUUCGAAAGAUGGAUGGAAUGGGAGCCUCCAGAAGAAGCUUGGAUGGCUUACAUCAAGAUGGAGAGAAGGUACGGCGAGAUUGAAAGAGCUAGAACUCUUCAUCAGCGUUUUGUCUCGGUCCAUCCUGAGCCAAAGAAUUGGUUGAAAUGGGCAAAGUUUGAAGAAAAUAUUGGUAAAAUAGAUCGCGCCAGAGCAAUCUAUGAACAAUGUAUCGAAGCAUUGGGUGAAGAACUCAUUGAUCAGAACGUAUGGGUCUCGUUCGCCAAAUUCGAAACUCGACAAAAGGAAAUCGAUCGUGCUCGUGCCAUCUACAAGUACUCGUUAGACAGGCUACCUAAAGGUCAACGAGAGAAUCUAUAUAAUGUAUAUACACAGUUCGAAAAACAGUUUGGUGCGAAGGAAGGCAUUGAAGAUGUUGUUACUGCCAAAAGGAGAGUCAAAUACGAAGAGGCAAGUGCAUCACGAAGCACUCCCGGGUACCCUCUUCCGCCUGUGGAGCUUGCCUCAAAUCCCAAAAAUUAUGAUGUUUGGUUUGACUAUGUCAAGCUAGAAGAAUCUAAUGGAGAUGUCGCAAAGAUUCGAGAAGUCUAUGAGCGGUCUAUUGGUCAAUUACCUCCUAUAAACGAAAAGAGAUUCUGGAGGAGAUACAUAUAUCUAUGGAUAUUCUAUGCUGUCUGGGAAGAGCUGGAAACCAAGGAUCACGAACGCACAAAGGAAGUUUACAUACAGUGUCUCAAAACAAUACCUCAUAAAACCUUCACCUUCGCCAAAGUCUGGCUCUUGUAUGCCCAAUACCUCAUUCGACAGGGCGACCUAGAUACAGCUCGUAAAACAUUAGGGGCAGCUAUAGGAAUGUGUCCCAAACAGAAUCUUUUCAAGGGAUACAUUGAACUCGAAGUCUCAUUACGCGAAUUCGAUAGAGCACGUAAACUAUAUGAACGAUAUCUAGAAUGGAAUCCAGCAAAUUGCGUUGCUUGGAUUAAAUUCUCGGAAUUGGAAUUACAAUUGGGCGAUGUAGACCGAAGUCGUGGUAUCUAUGAGAUUGCUGUAUCUCAACCGUCUUUGGAUAUGCCCGAAGUCUUGUGGAAGGCGUAUAUUGACUUUGAGGUCGAGCAACAGGAAUGGCAACGUGUCCGAGACUUGUAUUCACGUCUGUUGGAGAGAACCGAACACGUCAAGGUCUGGAUUAGCUUUGCAAACUCUGAAAUGUCGGCCAUGGAUCAUCCAGAUGAUGCCACUCGUAUCUCAAAAGCUCGCGCCAUCUUUGAAAAGGGUCAUGCAGCUCUAAAAGCCAAGGAUGCUCGAGAAGAACGAGUCAUAUUAUUAGAAGCUUGGCGAGAGUAUGAACGAAGCUUGAUUGACAAUUCCACAGUACAAAAUGAUACUGAAUUGAAAAAGAUUGAAGCUCGAAUGCCCAAAGUCGUCAAGAAACGAAGGAGGGUUAUGGAUCCUAUUAGUGGUGAACCAGCUGGUUGGGAAGAGCACUACGAUUUCAUCUUUCCUGAAGAUGAUAAAGAUAAACCUAGCUUUAAACUGUUGUCUAUGGCUCAAAAGUGGAAGAUGCAGCAAGCACUUGGUAAUGAUGACGACGAUGAAGAUGAUGAGGACGAAGACGAAGACGAGGACGAAGAUGCCGUUGACACAGAUGGUAAACUCAAGUCAACAGGUAUCGGGAAGUGGGAGCAGACUGCUGCAGAUGACGCUGAUGAAGAUGACGAGGAAGAAUGA